UCCGAAACCCAAACAGUUUAUUGUUUUGUGAAACUUUGGACGUAUAAUCUCUGUUGAUAUGCAAUAUGAAAUUACUCAGUAUGUCAAGCGAUAGCAAAACUUUUAUUUUACCAUGAGAUUACAAUACUUUCUUUUGGAGACUCAGUUUUUGCUGACAUUCGUUGGUGCUGUUUUUGCAGUGUCGUUCUAUGGUGAGAGCUAUGUGCACAUCCCAUACAGGGCGGGGCUGGAGACCACGGACCUUGAGCUGCGGUUCAAGGCAUCCCAGCCGUACGGUGUCCUGCUGCUCCUAGUCGGCUCUCAGGACUUCCUUCUUCUGCAACUGCAUGCCGGCACGCUACAGCUUAAGGUGAACUAUGGUGAUGCUGAAACAGUCCUUGACCUUGGCAGGCACAGAUAUGAUGACCUUGCUUGGCACUCUGUCAAGGUCACCAGGUCAGCCAAUGUCAUCACCAUGGUUAUUGAUGACUCCACCACUGCAAGAGAAAGAAUACAGGGCGAUUACAGGCAACUCAACAUCAAUGUGGGAAUAUAUCUUGGUGGAGUGGACUCUAAAACUGCAGCUAUGUUCAACCAUGACCUGAGAUUCUUCCGUGGUACUUUCAGCAAUGUAUUAUUCAACACUAUGGAUCUAGUUGAUAUGGGCCGACAGAUAACUGAUCCCACUAGUGUAAAAGAAGUGUCAUGGGACAUCGAUCCAAUAUUUAGUGCUCCUCGAGACAGUCCAGUGUCCUUUCUCUCUGAGACGUCCUUUGUAUCUUUUUCCCACAUCCACCCAACCAACGAGAGAACUGUGUCAUUCCUGGUGAAAACACAGACAGCUACAGCUCUGCUUCUGUACAGCUUUACUCACGUCACAAAUGAAAAACAUUACAUAGCAUUAGAAAUUAUCAACCACAAACUAAAACUAAGCAUUGGAAAAGAUGGUAGCAUAAUAAGUUUAGAAGCUCAGCAGGAAUUACGGGAUCAGUGGCAUCAGAUAGAUAUUACUGUCUCGCCCACAUACCUUGAACUAGUCAUAGAUGGAAUAAGAAACAUGAAAAAACUGGAGGAGAAGGUCAGUGCCAUAUAUGGAGGUGUCAUAUAUGUAGGUGGUGUUAAUCAAAAUGCACGGGCAGCUGCUAGACAGGACAGCCUGGAGAGUCUUCAAAGUGAAAAUGGCAUGAAAGGAGGCAUACUAGGGUGUGUGGAUAAACUGGUCAUUAAUUCCCGGGCAUACAAUAUACAUAAUAUUCACUCUAGUAGACUGAUAAGUUCCCAUUGUGGGACUGAUUCUAAAUGUGAGGGGGGUAGAUGUGGCAUGGAGCCCCCAGGUAAAGCCUCUGUCGAGAUGACACCACACUCCGACUCAAACAGGGAUGAGUUUCAACUGCUGGCAGUCAACCCUGUGGUUGUGGGUGAAGGCUCACAAGUAACACUGUCCACUGACAAUAUUGAGAUUGUAUAUGACUUUAAGCAGUUGGGCAUUCGUGAAUCUGGUAUAAUGAUAUAUGUGGUGAAAAAGCCAAAAUAUGGAGAAAUUGAAGUUGAUCUUGGUCGAAGAAGAAACAGUGAUGUAUUUACCUACCUGGACAUUCUUGGUAAAAAAGUCAAGUAUAAGCACUUUGGUUCUGAAGAGGUUUAUGAUGAAGUUUUAAUGGAAGUUGAAAUAGUUGCCAGCAGUAGAUCCACAGAAGAUCAAUUUCCUGAAAGAAUACAGCAGCGAUUUGACUUUGUAUUGCCAGUGACAAUUAGGCCAGUAAAUGAUGCCCCUGAAAUAGUUUUACAAAACAAUGGCAUUUUAAGAAUAAUUGAAAAUACCAAAGUCAGAAUAAGUCCAGAGUUUCUGUAUACAAAUGAUGCCGACACAUCCCCUUCCCAGUUGACCUAUAUUGUGAUAGAGCCGCCCAAUCAGGGCUACUUCGAGCGUAGUGGCCGCAGUGGAGAACGCAUCACCGAAUUCACUCAGGCUGAGGUCAACAACCGUGACAUCUGGUUCCUCCAUAUAGGCUCUGGGAACGCUCAAGUUAGUCUCAAAGUCAAUGAUGGUCACUCCUCCAGUGACCCAGCUAGAAUAUUUGUACAGACUGUGCAGCUUAACUUGACUGUUUUGAAGAACACUGGGCUUUUGUUGCCACAGGGCUCGUUCUGUAAGAUUUCCACAGAAAACCUGACCACAGUGAGCAAUGUGCCAGAGCAGGAGGUGGAGAUCCGCUAUGAUGUAAGGCGGACACCCCGGUACGGGGUGCUGGAGAGGCAGCAGUAUGCCAAUGGGGAGUGGCAGGAGGUCUCCUCUUUUGCACAGAGGCACAUUGACAAUGGACAUGUUAGGUACCGUUCACUUGGCGACACUGAUGCCCCGCUGUCAGAUGAAUUUAGUUUCACGGUGACGGCCAAUAGCUACUCCACGCCAUUCUCCUUCUUCCGUAUUCAGUUUGAGCAGGUCUACCUGAAAGUUGAGGAGAGCAAGCUGGUUCUGCUCCACGAGCCGUAUGGCACGCUGACCCAGGAAAACCUCCAUGCAUCCACAAACAACCCCCAACUACUUUCAGGCAAGAUUGUGUAUGAACUCAUCAGGCCUCCCAGCAUGGGAAACUUCUUCAAGAUCCAGGGGCCUUCUGGGUUAGGGAGACAUGUGGAUUUUACGGGACUAACUCCAUUAAGUCAGGCUAGUUAUUUCACACAGGAGGAUAUAAAUAGUGGGAAGAUUUAUUAUAAUUUGAAAACAAGUGCAUAUGAAAAUAUCAAGGAUUUUACUGACAUGCGAGUACACACAGUUGGUACUGAUGCCAAAACUGUAAGGUUAUGGAUCGAGUUUCUACCUCAGAAAAGUGAUGUGACUUUUAUAAGUAAUGGACUUAAGGAUGUUAUUGAAGGUGGGCAGAAGGGCAUUGAUAGAUUCAGUCUGUUUGUUCAGACAGACCAGUUCAGAGUGUUUGAGUUUACUGUCACCUCAAAGCCAAAGUAUGGUGUGUUGAGCUUAAUAGACCCCAGAUCUUCUGUAGUUGUGUCUCAAGAUGUGAACACUUUUACCACUAAUGAUAUCAAGGAUAACAGACUGGUUUACCAACAUGAUGACUCUGAACAUGACACAGAUUCCUUCACAUUCACUGCAGUACCAGACAUUUCCAGAGCGAGUCAGCCUCACAAUAACAUUCCAGAAUACACAGGAACUUUUGAAAUACAGAUGCUGAUGAGAAAUGACAAGCCGCCUGAACGACUUGUAGACAAGGUUUUUCAUGUAGUAAAAAAUGAUGAAAAGCUUCUAACUAUUGACGAUCUAGCUUUCACCGACCCUGAUAUAAACUUUGACCCAGCAAAUCUUGUGUACACACGAAGGCGCAUUUCCAAUGGACAAUUCCUAAGUGCACGUAAUAGAUCACAAAUUUAUCAGUUCAAACAGAGAGACCUUACUAACCGAGAAAUACUUUUCAAACAUUAUGGUGAAGAUAAUGGGCGUGCUGAUAUUGAUGUAACUGACGGUCAGUUCUAUACAAACUGUGUACUGGAGAUAAAAGCCGGGCCACCUGUUCUCAGGAUCAGUGAAAACACAGGCUCGAGGGUCAAAAAUGGUCAGAGAGCUACGAUUGCAACACACAACCUUACAGUAGAAACAAACAUGAACAUUGAUGAAAGUGAAAUACAUUUUGUUCUAAGGGAACAGCCAAAGCAUGGCAAUUUGGAGAUAGAUGGCAAAAUAGUUGAUGAGUUUGUGUACAAGGACUUGAUUUUAAACAGAUUGGAAUAUAAUCAUAAAGGAAAAUCCAGUGAUGAUGAUUACUUUACAUUUACUCUAGUGGCUAAAGACCUUGAAGUGGAUGGACAUUUCUCAAUAGAUGUUGUUUUGCAAUCCUCUCAGCAGCCACCUCGGGUCAUCAACAAUCGUGGUCUGAAAGUGUUCGUGGGCCGGGACAGAAAUGUUAUUAAGCAGAGUGAUCUCCUCAUAACCCAGUCUGACACCGACCCUGCCAACAUGGAAUACCUGAUACUUGUGCUUCCCAAACAUGGCGAUAUCUAUGUGAAACAUGUGAAGUUAGUUUCUGAAGUUGAAAUGACGUUUACUCAAACUGAUAUUAAUGAUGGAAACGUGGAGUAUGAACCAGUGGUUGAUAGUGCCACAACUGAUCAGUUUAUAUUUGAAGUUUCAAAUGGGGUUGAAGCUCUUAGGGGAUUGGAGUUUAUGAUUGACAUUGUGCCAUAUUCAUUGUCAUUGCAUAUUCAGAAUUUUUCAGUAAUUGAAGGCGGAAAAAAGAUUUUGUCAUCUGAACAAAUAAAAGUUGAUGAGAAUUUUUCACAAAAACAAAACCUUGUUUUCACUCUUAAGGAACAGCCAAACUAUGGAAGAGUUGAAUUGGAUGAUAGGAAAGGUAUAGCUAUUGAUAGCUUUACAUCAAAUGAACUUGCACGAGGCUUGGUGUCCUAUGUACAUGACAAUAGUGAAAGUAAACUGGAUUAUUUCUCAAUCACCGUCAGUGAGGGCAGUCCAUCUAAGGAAAGUGAAAUUGCAUCCAUCUAUGUGGAAGUUGAAGGCAUAAACGAUGAAGCUCCAAUGAUUGUACAGAAUCUGGGUUUGAAAGUUUGGCGAGGCUCGAUGACCCAGAUCACUCCAGAGAUUCUAAGUGCGCGUGACCCAGACUCCUCUGCUGAAGAGCUAGUGUACCGUAUCUCGCCCCCGACCAACGGUCACAUCUCCAUGCUCAACAACACCUUUAAGGGCAUCACCACCUUCCGACAGUCAUGGAUCAACGAUGACCUGCUCGUCUUUGUCCAGGAAGGGCCAUCAAAGGGCCAGUUCUCAUUUCAAGUAAGUGAUGGAGUCAACACCAGCCCACUGUCAGUGUUCACAGUUGAGGCGGAGUCGCUUGUCCUCACCUGCCACACCCCCAACAUCCUCCAUGCCUACCCCAACUACAUCCAGCCAAUCACAGAGCAGCAACUCAUCACAGUAACCAAUGAUUUGGAACAGUCUAAACCAAUCAUAUAUACCAUAACAGCAGAACCUAAGCAUGGGUCCAUUGUCAAACUUGAAAAUGGUGAACCAGUGCGAGUGAAGUCCUUUAACCAAAAGGAUGUGAACUCUUCUCUCAUAUUUUACAAGCACUCUGGUGAUUUGCAAGGAUGGACUCAAAAUGAUAGCAUUGAAUUUACUGUGAAUACAUUGUACGCUGAACCAUUAAACAGACAAUCUCUACAAGUAUAUAUUUCUUAUGGAAAUCUUAAUGCUGAAAAUAAGAAUCAGUUAAUUAAAACUUCGCCAAUCAAGGUGGAUGAGGGUGGGGAAAUGAUAGUUGCAAAGAACAAUUUAGAUGUGACAGAAUUUAUUACAAACCUGGAGAGGUUGGGAAAGCGUGCCAGUCUUAGAUUUAGUUUGAAAGAUCCACCACGACAUGGUACAUUGAUUUAUCAAAAUGUGGACUUGGAGAAGAAAGAGAGAUUCAGUCAAAGAAAUAUCAAUUCCCAUCAGUUAAUCUACCAGCAUGAUGAUUCAGACACAUCAUUUGACACCUUUAACCUAACUCUUCACCUUCGUAUUGAAGAGCACUCUCUUACACACGGUGAAAACCAAGAGACAACAUUUGGACUGGUUCUCAAUAUUUCUAUACAACCAGUCAAUGAUGAACCAAUUCAACUUGUUACCAUGCAUCCUGGCAUUGACAUUGUGCAAGGAUUCACAGAGAUUAUAAACAGGUCAGUGCUGUAUGCUGUAGACAAAGACACCCCACCAGAGUUACUUGUGUAUGAAAUAUCUACAGAACCCAGCAAUGGACAUGUUGGCUUCAUUGAAGAUAUAGACAAAAAAAUCCAGCGCUUCACCCAGUUGCACAUCAAUGAAGGUCGAAUAGCAUUCAAACACAAUUUCCAUGGGGAUUCUGGAUUGUUCUAUUUCAAACUCUCAGAUGGCAGAGAACCUAUAAUAGAGGAUUUUAAAGUGAAUGUCACAAAAGUGUAUCUGAGUAUAACAAAAAAUAUGACCAUUAAAAUUGUUCAGUCAAAUAACAUUGCAAAAAUUGCCCAAGAUAAUAUAAAUGUGACAACCAAUGGUUUACGUGAAAAAGUUAUUUUUACUUUAAUGGCGAGACAACCCCGGUAUGGCAAAAUUUAUGUCAAUGGCAGAAUGUCUAACAGUUUUUCACAGGAAAAUAUUGAUGAUGGUGAAGUUAGUUACUACCAAAAGGAUAAGGCAUCAGGCUCUGACCAUUUUGAGUUUUCUGUCCAAUAUGUGCAUGAUCCAUAUUCAAAAGUGAUAUUCUAUGACAGAGUGAGCAUGGCUGUAACUGUGGAGCCUCUUGUUUCCAUGCAACCGUUAGAGGCCCCCAAGGGGGAGCGUGUGGCCAUAACUUUACACAGUCUCGAUGCCAGCGUCCUGGCUGAAAGAACAGGAGAUAACCCUUUGUAUACCAUAUCUGGUGGACCUUACUUUGGAGAACUUGUGAAAACUUCCCAUUCAAAGAGGCAAGUUCACCAGGAAAGCUACCGAAGGAGAAUGGGUUUAAAAAGUGUUGAUAAAUUCUCUCAUGAGGAUAUAGUUUACAUGAAAGUGUUUUAUAAAAGUGAUAUUCAAAAUACAAAUAGUUUCAUUAAAGAUAAUUUCAGUUUUGUGUUAACGUCAUAUAAUGCUCAACCAGCAAGUGGUAUAUUUUACAUAGGGCUGAUGCCCUCAGGAAAUAUUCCUAUAGUUCCAGUGACAAAGCCCACCUCUGGGGAGGUCAACACAAAUGUGUUUAUGCCAGUAACUCCCACCAGUGUACCAGGCGGGGAAGAAUUGCACAGAAACAAUGAAACUGUGGAACCUAGUCGGUUAAAACCUGAUCAUGUGAUAAUUUUAGCCAUUUCUAUUCCUUUAUUGAUAGCUCUCAUUUUCAUCAUAUUAAUCAUUUACAUUGUGUGGAGAAGUAAGCGAAAGCAGGGUUAUACGCCUUCAUCUAAGAAAUCCCCUCAUCUCCGGCCCCAAAUAAGUGGACCAUUUCAAAUAGAACAACCCCAUGUUCAUAUAGAGCCCCAGGGGCGGGGCAGCCUAGACUCUGAGGAAAGCAAGUCAUUAAUUGUAGAAUAUGAGAACACGCACAACAUUCCCAACACCAGUAGGCAGAGCUCUGAGGAGGCAGAUACUAUAGCCCCUAUGAUAAUGUGUGUACCAAAGUCUGAGAGUGCACACACCCAGCCACGUUCCCCUGACCUGUCGCGUACAGAGGUGAGCAGCACAGUUCCCACAUGCAAGGUGACUCCGCUUGUGAGCCACAGGGAAGGGGAGGAGCUAGAGGGGGCUGUAGGGGGUUGCAGUGAUGACCAGCGCCAGUCCCUGAGCAGCAUGGGUGACAUGAUAGACUGGAUUACGAGCGACCCAGAGCUCCUGGAACAUUGCGCCUCCUCCAGCCCGCCAGAGCUCAGGGGCAGCAAAUACUGGGUGUAAGGGGUGUGUUUACUAGUUGAAGUAGAAUGUAACAAUUUUCAUGUUAUCCUUUGUUUUUAUGAACGAUAAUGUUAAUUUAAAGAUAUGUUUUGGAUUUUGACUGAAGUUGUCGAAAUGUGGAUAUGGUUAUAUUUGCAUUUUCAUGGUUGAAAUUUACAUCAUUUUGGAGAUCUUAUUUUCAGCAUCGUCAGAUAUGUUACGCAUUUUAAUUGUCAUUUUUGGGCCCUUGAUUUUUGUGCAAGUAUUGGAUCUAAAGUAUGGUAUUCAAUCUGAAUUGAAGUGUAUGUCUUGAAUUUAUCUGUUGACUAAAAAACUUACAUUUUGUAUGUUUGUUACAAAAUAGUUCAAUAUAAAGGAUACAAUUAUAUGAGUUUUCUUCUGUUGCACAUUUUGAUCUUCAAUUUAGUGGGGCUAUGAGGUUUAUAUUCACUUUUUGUUAAAUCACUGUUUUAAAAUUUAAGUACGGUAUGAAAUUUAUAUACAUUGUUGUAAAAUUUUAUCUCUUUGAAAAUGAGGUUGUGUUUUAUCCACAAAUUUAAUUAUACCACACUGUUACUUAAUGAUAAAGUAUUAUUUCAUAACUGACAAUGAUUGUGUUUUGUUAUUCAGUAUUAUCGUGAUUUAUAAUCCACUUUGUUUCUAUGUGAGAAAUAGAAUAUAAUAAAACAUUCUGAUUAAAAAAUGAGAAAUUAACAUUUUUCAUGAAUAAAAAUAGUCAUAUUUCGAAAGGUUUUUAUAAGGCACCAUUUUUAUUUAAAGACAGUAAAAAUUCAUGUACAUACGAAUAAUUUGCAAUGGAACUAGUGUAAAAAAUGAGUGUUAAUUCAUUUGACAGCUUUUAUAUUAUAAUAUACCUUAAAGGGUGUCUCAAAUAUGUCAUUGUGAAUUCAUUUUGUGCUUUUAAAAAUAAGUAAUUUUAUAAUUUGUAGUUUAAGAUGAUUUCAGAUAUAAUUUGUUACGCUAUUUACAUUUCUAUGAAUGAGUUACAUAGCAUUUGUAUGGAAUAAAUUAAUGUAUAGGAUGUGUACAAUUACCAAAGAUCAUUACGUCAAGUGUUUAACAGAAUGAAUCAAAGUGUUUUACACAAAUUAGGGAAUUAGUUUGAAUGGUCUGUCUUGCGGAUUUUAAAGCAGGAGUUGGCAUUGCAGUGCUGUGUCUAGUCACUUGACAUUAUUGUGCCAGUUACACAUGAUCAAAUUCAUACCAGACGUUUAUGUUUCAAAGUCUUUGGAGUAUGUUCAUUGAUGUUUUUUAACCAGAAAUGAAAAAGUUAAAGAUUUUAACACAGCUGUACGUAUACUUGAACACAACUGUACCUAAAAUUGAACACAACUACAUAUUUCAGGAUAAUUAUGAUUUUAUGAGUUUAAUGAUACAUUUUGUUGAGUUGUGAAUAUUAUUGCCAAUAUCUUUAAUGUAACAUCAUUUUUGAUUGAUUUUAAUUGUUGUCAUUGUCACCACCAUCAUUAUCGUCAUUGUUAUCAAUCAUCAUCAUCAUCAUCAUCAUCAUCAUCAUCAUCAUCAUCAUCAUCAUCAUCACCACCACCACCACCACCACCACCACCACCACCACCACCACCACCACCACCAUCAUCAUUAUCAUCAUCAUCACCAACAACACCACCAACACUACUAUCACCACAACCACCGCCAUUAUGGUCACUUUUACGUAGAUCUGAAUGAAUGAUUUGUUAAUACUCAUUAUGCAUAAUAUCUUCCAUUCAAUACAAUAGUAUCAUUCCAGCUUUGGUGUUUUCUUCUAUGUAUGUUCUGUUAGAGCUAGAUGUAUUUAUAUAUAUAUGUAUAUAUAUGCCAUACCAUACAGAUUGUUUUACACAUUUAAUGUUUGAAUAUUACCUUGUUUUCUUAAUCUACGCAUUUAACUUGAUUUAGUAUUUGGAUAUUUUUUGUAUCCUCUCGAUAUUUAUAACAGAAGCAACUGGUUGCAUUUUAAUAUUCCCUUUUGAAAUAUUAAAUGUACUAUUUGUGGAUUUGUACUGUCAGUUGUUCGUAACUGUUGUUUGUUUGUAUUGUUGCAGGUAUAUUGUAAGAAUUAUGUAUUUAAUUAUACAUAUAAUAAUUAUUUCCUAACUUGAACUGGAAAUGGUAUUUAUGCUGUUAGAUGAUACUGUUUCUGAAUUGUUUAGUACUGGUAUAUAUGUAUGUUGUUUAAAAGCCUGAUCUUUAUAUUUUUUCCAAAAACAAAUCAUGACUCCAAUAUGAUAUUAAUUUCUCAAUGAACUUAAAUAUAAUUAUAAGGGUAUAUCUUCCUAAUAUUUGAUUUGCUCAAUAAAUAAGAGAGAGAAUAUAAUUCAUUAGGACAAUGCUGAAAUAAUGUAUUAGAUACUAAGAACGCACACAAUUUCUAGUGCAAGUGAUACAAUCAGUUAAUACAAGUAGAGUGUAUUUAUUUGGAGAGGAGGUCUUCUGUUUCUGUUUCCAAAUUAAAUUUAGUUUCCAAAGUAAUUUAAUUGCUAAGUUUGAUGAAACUACUGUUCUAUUAAGCUUGACUUAAAAGCAAUACACAUAUUUUCUUGACGGGCAUGAAUUGUAUUUAGUGCUAUUUUCUUGAACCAAUGCCUGUACACUACGUUUCAAUUCAAGUUCUACAUAUGCAGAGUUUGAUGGAUUUGAUGUCAUAUUUAUAUUCAAUAUUUGGUGCAGCAGUUCUUUGCCAGUUCUGGAAAGACAUUGAGGGUUAUUUAUAGUUAUGGAGGGGUGCUGCAUCCUGUUGUUUUUUGGUAGCAACCUUUUGCUUCAUUGAGACCAGCAUGUGCAUACUUUUACCUCCAUGGAAUUAAAUGCUUAACGCUGUCAAAUAUUUCUUUUCUGAUUAAAAUUUAAUAUAUGAUUAUAAAUAGAUCUACAUACAAACUUAAAUAUUUGGCAGUUGAAACCAAAUAUUACUUCUAUUAAACACAAUUCCUAACGUUUUCUAUGAAAUUCAGAAUAUUUUUAAGUUUUUCACCUUUGAUACAGUGUGCCAUUUUUGCCCUUUUCUGCAGUACCCUGUCAUUUAUAAAACCUGGCUAAAACCCUAACAAUGUUUCUCGAAAUAAACUUUCCACAAUGAAAACUUUUCUCUAUAGGUUUUGUAAGCAAUGUAAAAUAAUUUAACUUUUCAAAAUAUUGAAGGACGAUCUUUAUGGAAUGACUAUUGCCUUUGUUGAGACUUAGUUUCUACUAUAUAAUGGAUAAUAUUCUGGUAUUGUUUUAUGGGGCUAAACUACAGCAGAUAAAAUAGUGCUUUACCAGCACUCAUGAUUGCCUUUUUCUUCUUGCAUGUGUAAUUAAAUGCAUUUGUUAAACCUUGAAUAAAACAUGGUUAAAACUUAA